AUGUACGCUAACACCAACCGCUACCACGAGAUGCUCAACAACGUCAGGGACUUCCUGUCGCUGUACCAGGUCCCCAAGGGCCUCAGCGAGCGCGUCAUGGACUAUGUGGUCUCCACCUGGUCCAUGUCCAAGGGCAUCGACACAGACAAGGUCCUGUCCAUUUGUCCCAAAGACAUGAGAGCCGACAUCUGCGUCCACCUGAACCGCAAGGUCUUUAACGAGCACCCUGCGUUCCGCCUCGCCUCAGAUGGGUGUUUGCGGUCCCUGGCGGUGGAGUUCCAGACGACUCACUGUGCUCCUGGAGACCUGGUGUUUCACUCCGGGGAGACUCUGGACUCGCUCUGCUUCGUGGUGUCGGGGUCUUUGGAGGUCAUCCAGGACGACGAGGUCAUCGCCAUCCUGGGUAAAGGCGACGUGUUCGGGGACGUGUUCUGGAAGGAGGCGGCGCCCGCUCACGCCUGCGCUAACGUCCGCGCGCUAACGUACUGCGACCUCCACGUGAUCCACCGCGACGCGCUGCUCAAGGUGCUGCAGUUCUACACCGCCUUCGCCAACUCCUUCUCACGCAACCUCAUCCUCACCUGCAACCUGCGCAAACGGUCGUGCUGA